UUCCUAUAAAACCACACGCCCAUCUCUUCUCUCUCAUCUGCAAUUCUUCCCUCCACAUGCCCAAUCACUGAGAGAGAGAAGGAAACGAAAGCAAAACAAACACCACAUACACAACGAGAGGUUCUCACAUUUAGAAGUAGAAAAAAGAAAAGCCUCUCUCUCUCUCUCUCUCUCUCUCUCUCUCUCUCCGUCUAUAUUUAUAUAAAUACAUAUAUUUCCUUCAUUUUGUAGCCUCAGAUUCUAAGUUUUUAUCAUCAAUGGCGAGUUUAGUUUUAUCGGAUUCGUGUCUGAGACCGCUCCCUCCCAAGCCUAAUAUCAAUACGAGUCCUGUUUCCGCUUCUAAAUUCAGAUCGAGUUUCUACAAAUCUGAUAAAUACAGGAAACAGUCUCAUCUCAUUCCAUCUUUGAUGCAAAGGAACGGCAAUGCCCAUCUUCAGAAGAGAGAUUGGGGGUUGAAUGUCAGCGCUCCCCUGCGUGAAGCGCCUGUCAAUGAACAGCUGGAAGAAUUGGGCGCUUUCGCCAGCGAUGGCGUUGAAUCAUCCAAUGAAUUCAAUCCAAGCUCACCUCCUCCUUUCAGCCUAGGCGAGAUCAGGGCCGCCAUCCCAAAGCACUGCUGGAUCAAGAACCCCUGGCGGUCUAUGAGCUAUGUGGUCCGUGAUGUGGCUGUGGUUUUGGGACUUGCGGCUACUGCGGCUUACUUCAACAAUUGGGUCGUUUGGCCCAUCUACUGGGCUGCGCAGGGGACCAUGUUUUGGGCUCUCUUUGUUCUUGGCCAUGAUUGUGGCCAUGGGAGUUUCUCCAAUAACCCAAAGCUUAAUAGUGUUGUUGGGCAUCUCCUGCAUUCAUCCAUUCUUGUACCUUAUCAUGGCUGGAGAAUCAGUCACAGGACUCACCAUCAGAACCAUGGGCACGUAGAAAAUGAUGAAUCGUGGCAUCCGUUGUCUGAGAAAAUCUACCGGAGUUUAGAUGAUUCCACCCGCAUACUACGGUUUACAGUGCCUUUUCCCAUGCUUGCAUACCCUUUCUACCUGUGGGCAAGAAGUCCAGGAAAGAAAGGCUCUCAUUUUGACCCGAACAGUGACUUGUUCCUCCCCAAUGAGAGGAAGGAUGUGAUGACCUCUACCUUAUGCUGGACGGCUAUGGUGGCCUUGCUUGUGGGACUCUCAUGUGUGGUGGGUCCCAUCCAAAUUCUUAAGCUCUAUGUUGUGCCAUAUUGGAUUUUCGUUAUGUGGUUGGAUCUUGUGACUUACUUGCAUCAUCAUGGCCAUGAAGAUAAGCUUCCUUGGUACCGUGGGAAGGAAUGGAGUUAUCUGAGAGGAGGGCUGACAACAGUCGACCGUGACUAUGGAUUGAUUAACAACGUACACCAUGAUAUUGGGACUCAUGUGAUACAUCACCUCUUCCCCCAAAUACCUCACUACAACUUAGUAGAAGCAACGGAGGCAGCUAAGCCCGUGCUUGGGAAGUACUACCGGGAGCCGAAGAAAUCAGGCCCGCUGCCUUUUCACCUGAUUGGGAAUCUACUGAGAAGCAUGAAAAGCGACCACUAUGUUAGCGACACCGGAGACAUUGUGUACUAUCAGACCGACCCUCAUUUUAAUGGAGCCUUGCGGAAAAAAUCAGAGUAAAGCUGCUGAUACUAGAUGAACCGACACCCUUAAGAGUCUGUUUGGGUGUGCCCUGAAUCACGAGUGUUCUAAUAUUUUGGCAGAACUGAUGGAUGUCUGUUCCACCGUGCACUUGGGUUGGUGGGGCAGAAUAAAAAAGACCAGUGGUUGGAAUACACUUCUCCCGACUUUCCCAUGCCGAAUCAAUAUCAGUGGUGGGAAAGUCGAAAGCAGCAUCCUACCUUAUGUGGUUUACAAUUUCUAUGCCCUAACCUUGCAUUGGAAUGAAUCGCUUUCUGUCCUGCCAAAUAUCUGAAUGUCUCUGCUGUUUAGGGUGCAUCUUGUGAGUUGUUGAAUUCAUUUCUCCUAUUAACCUUGAGAUUAGAGAUGGCCUCCUUAUUUGUGGGACCAAAAGCACCAUCUUGUCAUUCUUAGGUCAAAUGAAAUUAUUUGUAAGCAAUUGAAAAAAAAAAAAAAAAAACAGUUAAGUUAUUCCUGAUUCUAUUUUCA